CCUUGCUCUCACAAGGCGCGACGAAGUCAUAGUCAAAGCCAAGGCCAGGUACAUCUAACCGAGAAAUAAAUUGGAGCGGUCCAUUUGUUAAAGUAGAGAGAUGGGCGAUGACGAGCCACCCUCUCCAGUCUGCGUAACAAAGGAUCGAGUGGAAGCUAAAGAAUAUGUCUUCAAGUCUAAAAGUUCUUUUGGAUCGUGCCUGAUAAUAAACAUACCUGAAACUCUGAAGAAAAUAACUGGCAGCACUUUCAUCAGGAAAUUUCGCACAGGAUCGGAGGCAGAAGUAGAAAAGCUGAAAUGUACAUUUGGAUUUGGCAUUUAUUAUACAGAUGAAAUCCAAAAUGGAGAAAACAUUAUUGGUGAAGUAGACAAAUACAUAGAGCGAAAAGUAAAAACUGAUGAAGAAGGAAACUUUAGAUCAAAUGACAUUUUCGUGUGUGUCGUGUUAGCAUUUGGAGGACCAGGAUUUUUCUAUGACACGAAAGGAAAUAAGAUUCCUCUGUCCAGAGUUGUUGAGAAAUUCCAGUCUUGUGCAGGUCUUUCACUUAAGCCAAAGAUAUUCAUUGUUCAGACAUGUAGCAUUGAUCUAAGAACCAUAGGAAAGCAUUUAUUUGAUGAUGGAAUGGGUGGAGACACAAAAACAGGUCUUUGGCCACGAGAGGCAGAUGUCUUAAUCUAUGAGUCGAAUAUUUCAGGAGAAUAUGAUUGGCAUCCAGGUCUGAGAAAACAUGACCCCAAGAAGUUCAAAGGUGUACUAGGUCCGAAGUCCUGCACCUUCAUCAAAAUGUUUUGUGAUACUAUGAAGGAAAAAGAGACGAUCAUGAGAGAAGAGAAUACAGAAAAAGAGGAAAUGAGAAUUGAAUUCAAUGAAGUUAUUUUGGGAACUAAUUUAAAGUUACAAAAGUUCAUAAAUAACAAAAUGAACUGGGAUCUGCGGGACGGAACAUGGAGCUCCUCUCCCAGGUUACCGAUAGUAACAGACCAACUAACCAAAUCGCUGUAUGUUCCUCACUUUAAUUAAGGACGAGAAGUCACCUAGUGAUUACUGUCAAACUGCAAUAAUCUCCAUGGAUAAAAAUACAUGACUUCGCAUUCCUUUUCAAAACUUUUGUAAACAUCUAAAAGAUAAGAUGAAAGACUUGGUAUUUACAUGGAAAUGAAUAAUAUCACGAGGAAAAUGAAAAUGUGAACAUAUGUUGGAUUGUUGUAUAUAUAAUUGUGAUGAGAAGGUACAAAGUUUAUUAUUCAAAUUUCCUUUACAAAGUUAUAUCCUAAAAUUUGUAAAUAUCCAAAAAGAAAUAUGACAUGUUGCUGUCAAUUUUAAUUGUUAUGCCCCCAAGACCGGGGUGGGGGGGGGGCAUAUUGUUUUUGUGGGUACCAACAUUUUUGACCCUUUGACCUUGGAGUUUUACCUACUUUUUGAAAACUUUAACCUUGCCAAUAACUUUUGAACAGUAAGUGAUAGAGCUUUGACAUUUCACAUGAGUAUUCCUUGUAACAAGACCUUUCCGUGGGUAACAUUUUUUACCCUGUGACCUUGACCUUGGAGUUUGAUCUACUUUUUGAAAAUUUUAACCUUCCUUUUAACUUUGAACAGUAAGUGGUAAAGCUUUGAUAUUUAACAUGAGUAUUCCUUGUGAAAGACCUUUCCGUUGGUACUAAACUUUUUGACCUUGACAUUUGACCUACUUUUUAAAAAAAUUACGUUGGUCAUAAUUUCUAAAUGGUAAAUAUUAGAGUUUUCAUAUUGUACAUGAGCAUUUCUUGUGACAAGAUCUUUCUACUGGUACCAAGAUAUUUGUCCUUGUGACCUUGGCCAUCUUCGGAAUUGGCCAUUAUCGAGGGCAUUUGUUUUUCACAAACACAUCUUGUUUUUGACUUGUCGUGGUCAUUCAAUUUUCUUAUUAUGUCAAAGGAAAGGGUAUUUCAUACAGAGAUAUUUCUGCUAAUAAUCUAGAUAUAUAUAUUUAUACAAAACCUUUUCAAAAACAAAUCCAUGAAUAAAUGCAAGAAGAUAAAACACUAUACAACCUGCAUUAUUAUUGAAUUAUCAUUUAUCGUCCAACAACUAUUUUGCAGAACUUUAAUUGGUUUUUGUUUUGUGAACUUUCAAAUAAUUCCUGCAUUAAAGAUGUCGUAUAAUUUUUAGCUCAUCAGAGCUUUUCUGAUCACGUUUUGUCUGUUGUCUGUCCAUCCGUCUGUAAACAUUUUUAUCUUCUCCAGAACCACUGGGCCAAUUUCAAUUGAACUUCGUACAAAUCAUCCUUGGAUGAAUGAAUUCAAGUUUGUGUAAAUGCAGGGCCAUGCUCCUUUCCAAGGGGAGAUAAUUGCAAAUUGCAAAAUAGGAUAGAGUCUUUUAAAAAUCUUCUCAAGAACCACUAGGUCAAAAUGUUUUUAAUUUACAUGAAAACUACCUGAUAUAGAGCAGAUCUAAGUUUGUUCAAAUAUUGGUGCUCAGGGUAGGGUGGGGCCACAAUAAAGGAUCAAAGGUUUACAAUUAGAUAUAUUGGGAAAAUUUUUAUUAAUUUUUUACUCAAGAAUCACUGGGUCAGAAAAGUGGAAAUUUACAUGAAAGCUUUCUGACAUAAAGUUGAUGUAAGUUUAUUCAAAUCAUGGUCCCUGGGGGUAGAGUGGGGCCACAAUAGGGGAUCAAAGUUUUAUGUGCUAAUAUAUAUAGGAAAAAUGUGUCUUGAACUAUUUAAGCUAUGACUUUCAUAUUUUGUAUAUACAUUCUUUAUGCCAAGACCUUUCAUGUGAUGCAAUGGCCUAUUCUCUGGUGACCUUGAUCUGGCCUGGAGGUUAUAAAACUUUUAUCAUACUCAAACUUAGUUAUGUUGUGAUCCUAUGGGGCUAUGUAGGGGUCACAAUAUGGAGUCAGAAUUUUUCAUGGGAAUAAAGAUUGAUAAAGUCUUUUAAAACUUACAACAGCUAAACAAUGGUGGGGGCCAAUGUGACUCAGGUGAGCAAUGUGGCCCAUGGGCUUGUUAUUUUAUGAACUGCAAAGAAUUUCUGAGUAGUAUAUAUCGUGUAUACAUAUCAAACAGUGAAUGUGAAAAGUAUGUUAAUAUUUGUAAAGUAAUUGUAUUUAUAUAAUAAAUCAUAUGUCCAUUAUAUUUUGUUUAAUAAAUCAAUUCAUAAUGAUUAA